AUGAAAUCAGCUCCACCAAAUCCAGGAAUAUCAAGUACUGUAGAUGUCUCUGGAAAAGGUGAUCCAUGUUCAUUUAAAGGAAAAGAUUAUUCUAUAUCAUGGUAUUAUGAUAAAAGCACAACAAAUGUCUUCUUUGAAUAUGAUUCACCUAUAAAAUCAGGUAAAUGGUGGUCAGCUAUUGGUAUUGGUGAUAAUAUGUCAGAUAUGGACAUAGCUGUUGUCUAUUUGGAUGAUGGAAAUGUUGUUGAUAUUGUAGAUCAUUACUCUAGUAGUUAUGCACCACCAAUUAAAGAUGAAAAUCAAGAUUGGAAAUUAAUUAAUACAUCUUUUGGAAUAACUAAUGGAAGAACAAAGUAUGUUGUAGCAAGAAAAAUGUAUACUGGUGAUGAUAAAAAAGAUAAAAAUAUGGAUAAUUGUGUUUUAUUCCAAUUUGGUGUUAAUCUUGCUGAAUAUGGUGUUAAAAAUGGAGAACUUAAAAUUAAAAAACAUGAAAAUUGGCCAGAUCUUUAUAAAGCAUGUGAAAUCAAAGAUAAAUGUAUCAAAGAAACUCCCAUAAUUGAGAAGGCUGCAGAUGCUGCUGUUAUCUCAAUACCACAAGAAACAAUAAUUAAUUCAAAUAAAAAAUCUUCCCUUAUAACUUCAGGACCAUCAAAAUGUAAAUCUGCUGGUUUAAAAUAUACAAGUCAUUGGAAUUACAUUAAAGCUAAUGAUUCAAUAGAAUUUGUUCUUAAUUUUGAAACUUCCCCAGAAAAAUCAUGGUCAGCAAUUACAUUUGGUACUAAUCCAAAAAGAGAUGCAUUUAUAUUAUUCACCAAUAACAGAAAAAUAGUUGAUGGUGGAGAUUAUGUCCUUAAAAAUUUUAGUGAACUUAAGAAAGACCGUCAACAAGAUUGGCACUCAUAA